CCGAGAAUAUUAACCUGUUAUUUUAUUUUUCUACGUCUGGAGAAAAUGGGAGAUCUGUUGAAGAGCUCCAUUUUCUUUUCGGAUCAACACCUUUGUCACGCAGAUAUCCUUCCGCCUUGCGAGGUUCGAGCUCGGAUUGAAGUUGCAAUCCUUAAUUUUCUGAAACAUCUUUAUUCUACGGAUCCAGCAAUAUCAGAUCUGCCUCUGAUUAGCAGAAAAGUGAGCAAUAGCAGAGUCAGUCGAGGAUUACUAACUGAAAGCUCGAGGAUUUUUCUUUCACAUUCGUUUUGUACAAAGUCUUUGAUGAAUGAGAACACUGCCAGUUCAUUUAUCAGAGUUUGGAAGGUGAUGGAAAUGUGUUAUCAGAUUCUGGUUCAAGAAAAGAAAGUAACUCAGAGGGAAUUAUUUUACAAAUUGCUAUGUGAUUCGCCAAAAUAUUUUACUUCUCAAUCGCAGGUCAAUCGGAGUAUCCAAGACUUGGUAGCAUUGAUUAGGUGCAGUAGAUAUAGCCUUGGCAUCGUGGCAUCGAGCAGAGGAGCAGUUGCUGGCCGCCUCUUGCUGCAGGAACCGCAGCAAGAGGUUUUUGACUGUUCCACUUGUGGAUCUUCUGGCUAUUCUAUCUCUGGGGACCUAAGUUUGCUAGAAAAUUUGGUCAUGAAGAGUGAUGCUAGAUAUAUCAUUGUGGUGGAGAAGCAUGCUAUAUUCCAAAGGCUAGCUGAGGAUCGUGCAUUCAAUCAAAUUCCCUGUAUUCUCAUCACAGCCAAAGGAUAUCCAGAUAUUGGCACCAGGAACCCUGCUGGAUUGGCAAUAUUAUGCACCUUCAAGUUUGGAAGUAUAGCAAUGGGCCUGGAAGCAUACCGAUAUGCUUGCAAUGUCAAGUGGCUGGGAUUGCGCAAGGAUGACAUUGAGGAACUCAUACCUGAGGACUCUUUGAUUCCACUGAAGCCAAGAGAUCAUCAAAUUGGAAAAAGCUUGGCUUCCUCAGAGAUCUUACAGGAUAACUACAAGGAAGAGCUGGCUGCCAUGAUUCAAACUGGUUAUAGAGCAGAAAUUGAAGCUCUUUACUUCCAUGGAUUCGAUUUCUUGGCUAUGUACAUAGGAAAGAAAAUUGUACAAGCCAAUUACAUUUAACUUUGUGGCUAGCUAGUUUCUCGUUGAAACGUUUCUUUUGGAAAAUGCCCGUACUCGUUGCUCUCUUUCACCCCAGUAUUAAGGUACGGAAAAUUAUUUUCUUCAUGAUAUAACAUGAACAUUGAAGUAGAUGCUGCAUAUAAAAUGCCAAGCAUCAUCUCUUUCUUAUGCUACGGGGGUCUUGGACAUAUAUAUAC